CGGUACAGUCGUGUGGACGCCGGUGAUCUAGCGUAACAACUUGGGCAAAGCGAUGGGGUGGGGAUUUAACACUUGUGGACCGAAUGAGGCGAUGGUGGUUUCAGGAUGUGGCCUGCGAAAACCCGUUCACGUGAUUGGUGGACGAAAGUUUAUCUGGCCUUGUUUGCAAAGGGUGGAGCGGCCGAGUUUGAAGUGGCCAGUUCGGAUUUGGUUAAUAUGGGAAUCAGCGUGGUGAGCUACACACUGAAAGAUAUCAAGGAUGACGAGGGUUAUUUGGAGUCGCUAGGUUUAGCCAGAACUGCUCAGGUGAAACGAGAUGCUCGGAUUGGUGAGGCUGAGGCUCGCAGAGAUGCAGGCAUUCGAGAGGCCGAGGCUGAACAAAAACGUGUUGCCGGUCGGUUGCUGAACGAUGUCGAAAUCGCCAAAGCCAAACGCGACUUUGAGCUACAAAACGCCGGCUAUGAGAAGGAGGUGCAAGCUCGUAAGGCGGAAUCAGAGAUGGCCUAUGAAUUGCAGGCCGCCAAAACACGACAAAAGAUCAAGGAAGAAGAGAUGCAAAUUGCUGUUCUCGAGCGAACACAACAAAUUCAAGUAGAAGAGCUGGAAAACGUACGACAGGAGCGUCACCUAGAUGCCACAGUCCGAAAACCAGCGGAAGCCGAACGAUUUCGUUUGGAACGGCUAGCCGAGGCGGAACGCAUGCGUUUGACGGCAGAGGCGGAAGCAGAGGCAGAAAGCAUUCGGUUGAAGGGUCUGGCUGAGGCUGAGGCGUUGGAAGCUGUAGCAAAAGCGGAGGCUGAGCAGAUGAUGAAGAAAGCCGAGGCGUGGCAAGCUUACAAGCGGAGUCUUUUGACGGCAGAGGCGGAAGCAGAGGCAGAAAGCAUUCGGUUGAAGGGUCUGGCUGAGGCUGAGGCGUUGGAAGCUGUAGCAAAAGCGGAGGCUGAGCAGAUGAUGAAGAAAGCCGAGGCGUGGCAAGCUUACAAGGGUGCGGCUAAACUGGACAUGGUUCUCGAAGCACUUCCGAAGAUUGCGGCUGAAGUCAGCGCUCCACUUUCUGAAUGCGGUCGGGUCACGAUGGUUUCCACCGGAGAUGGCGAGAUUGGUAUUUCCAAACUCACUGGCGAAGUGCUCACUCUUAUGGCUCGUUUGCCACAGGUUGUGCAAUCAAUGACGGGCAUCGACGUUGGCAAGGCGAUGCAAACCACCUAAGACGUAGACUAGAGUGACAUUUCGUUUCGUUUCAGCUUCGAUUCCAAAACACUUGCGUGUCUGUUUUACCUGUUAAACCUCUUCCCUACUUUUAUUUGUCCGAUUUGCUUCUGUGCUACUACCUUGAACUUUGUUUUUAUUCCGCCGAACGAAUCAGGUGAAUUGCCUUCCGUUAUUACCACCACUACUGCGAAUAUCACUCAUACAUGGAGGGCAAUUGAGCGAUGCAUUAAAUUCCUGUAGUUCUUCAC